UCUGUCAAGAAGCUUUUGCAGUCAGUCAUUUGAUAGUGGAAGAGUUGGCCCUCUAAGAUUUCCUGCGUAUCUGGAAAGGGGAGCAGCCCUGGAGAUGUGACAUGCUCUGUGAAAAUUAGGGAUUAGUUUUUGCUAUUCCUAGCCAGUCUCUGCUGAACCUAAGGUAUUUCAGUGGUUAAGGAUGAAAAAAACACAUACACACAUAAAGAAGAACUUCUCUCCUUUUCAUUAUGAACUGAAGUAACUUCAUCAAGAGAAUCUAAUCAACAUUAAACUACUUCCCUCCAAAGUAAUUUCCUCUCUGUCAAUGCACAGACAUGCAUUUUUACUUAGUUAUAAUUAGUGUGAACAUACUUGUUUUUGUUUAAGAAAGGUUUUCUUUACCUUGGCAUUCAGAUUUGUUUUCAUAGGCGAAGAAAACACUGAGAAAGAGAAGGAACCUUCACUGGAGAGCUGGGAGGAUUAUAUUGAGUCAUAUUAUCCCAGAGUUAAAGAAACCUUAAAGGACCCCAAAUCCCUCCCCGUAUCUCUGAUGACUGCACUUCUAGAUUAAUGGACUCACUGGAGUAGCUUUCCCCUGCAAGCGCCGCCCCCCCCCAUCUGACUUCACAGCACCAAGGGCCGACUUUCCCUUCUAAAGGAAGAAUGAAAUCCAUCCUCUGGCCCGAAAGGGUCUAUUUCUCUGCCAUGGGUCUGCACCCCUGUCCCCUGCUUUACUUUGUUGUGGGCUUAUCUAAAUGGUUUCCCAGGCAGGAAAAAAAGUGGAACCCAUGCUGCUCUGGGCUAGUCCUCCAUACUAUUCCCCUCGAAGGUCUGUUUUUUUCAAGUGUAAUCACACACCAACAGUUUCCAAUCUAUCAAAGCAUAAAGUUGCCAGUCCUCUUCCCUAAGUCAAGAAAGUAGCAAAGUUAGGUUUAAUUAAAACCAGCAACUAUUUGCACAGCUGUCCCUGGGUUCAGGGCUUGUAAAGGGAUUUAGCUUCAAACUCUGCUGCUUAAGUCCUUCGGGAGUUUCACAAAAAAACAUUUAGGCCCCUCACCUGGGCAGUGCCAGGCCUUUGCUCCCCAAGCCCUUCAGGAGCAGUGGGCUGGGCCCCACUGCGAUUUCCGCUUUCCGCCUGGGCAGUCAGACCCUCCCAACACAUGUGGCUUGGAGCAAAGCAGAGAAGAUACACAAGUCUCCUUUUGUGUCAGGGACAGGAGCUGUGAACGUUACUCCGCGAAGUUCCUGAAAAUUCCCCUAGGGUUGGGAACAGGAGGGAGAAUGGAUCAGGCAUAGUCUUCCUUUUGUGAGCUUUUCUGACUCUGCACACUCUCCGUUUCCUGGUGGGUCUUUCACCCGCCCCCCAAUCCCCAGCCCCCAAGACAGCAACAGUCCCUGGCAGGCAUCCUUCAAAGGAGACUGGAGGCGGGGUAUCCCUGCUGAUAGAUGUAUCCGCAAGUUGUCCCAGCAAAGCCCUGGCGAGGAGGACAAGCCAGAGCUCAGCAUUUGGCUGAUUUUCAAGGGCACGGGGAGCAGCGCCUUAGGCAGCCUCGAGUCCGGAAAAAGCCCUUUCUCACUUGCAGUGAAUGUAGGGGCCAGCGAGGGUCACUGACUGCGGGCAGGAGGCGAGGCUGGCCCCACACGCCGAGAGGCAAGGAGGCGGAGGAGUGGCGGGUUACGAAAAGUGACCUUGGCGACCCCAAACGCCCCCGGCCUCCUUCGCUGGCUGCUGCACCUGCCCGCGGAGCACGGCGAGCUGCCGGCGAGGCUAUGGCGAGCCCCGCGCCCUUAGCGGCAUCCAUCAGCCACCAAAUGGUAGCUCUGCACACCCUGCAGCUGCUGCAGCAAGAGUGGGGCUGGGGCGAUGCUCCAGGCGCUCCCGAAGGCUCGCACGACCUGGACUGCGUGUCCACCGCUCCAGCCUGUCGCUCAGGCUCACCGCUGGCCCGGCCGGGGCCUGGGUGCGAGGAGGAGAGCGGGGGCAGGGGCUCCAGGAAUGGGGGUUCCUGGGCGCAGGCGAGUUCCCCCGAGGCAGAAGUGAUGCGAGGCGCCGAGGGGGGCAGGAAACUGCUGCCCUUGCCCCGGGGCCGUGGGCCUGCCUGCACCCUGGCCGGGAGGGCGAUGCGCUGCGCGCUGGCCCGCGUAGUGGACUCGACCUCGGGGCUGGUCAGCGUGGAGCAGACGCUGCUGGCGCCCCUCCAGCAGGAGCGGUCCUUCCCCAUCCACCUGAAGGACAGUGUUGAGUUUAGAAACAUCUGCAGUCAUUUGGCUCUACAACAGGGACAGCAGUUUGACAGAGAUCUGGAUGCUGCCCACCAGUGCUUGAAGACGAUAGUCAAGAAGCCGAUUCAGUCACUUGCUAGUCUUCCUUCGGAUGUCCAUGUGGUAGCCUGUGCUUCCUUGAGACAGAUCUUACAGAAUCUCCCAGACAUAUGAGUGGUCAAGAUACUGGAAUUAAAGCCACAGCUAGCACUGCUAAGAGCACUGGGUACCUGCAAUUCCUAGACAAUGGAUAUUUUUAUUCCCAGUAGUAAGUAGAGGCUUGAUAGCAUAUACAGCAGUCUAGCCAGUGGCAGCUGUACCCUUUGGAGUUAUAGCAAAUUGGUGAAAAAAAUUUAAAGCAGCAGUUUACAUUUUUAAGUGUGUUGACAUAUUUGCUGAUGUUUUGAUCGAAAUAUAUUCCACUUUGUGGAACUGAUUAGAUUAUAUCUGUAUAUACAUUUGUUAAUCUGUAUGUUAAGUAUUAAUUGAAUGACACCUUAAUCUACCCUCAUAUUAAUGUAUGAGUAUGAGGUUUAAUAUAGUUAUUUGUAUGAUUAAAGCUCCAUGGUUUUUAAAAUUAUCUUGAUAAACAGGCUAUUUGAUAAUUGAUAUGUUCUACUUACUGAGCCCUUCAUUUUUUGUUAUGAGAAUGCUCUUUAGAUGUUUCAGGACCACAACCACAUGUGUCAGUAAUUAUGAGUUCCAAUCCUGGCAUCAAGAGCUUGCUGUUGGGCAGGAGAAGACUGCUUCUAAACCUUGUGCUUUCAAAUACUGAUUUGUAAAUUUCAAAUGAUAAUGAGCUAUGAAGUACCAAGGUAUAUGAUAUGUAAAUACAAAGUACAGUAUUAUGAAAGUCUCAUGCGGAAACAUCUAGCUCUUCAUACUCUUUAUAAAUACUCCCACUGAAGUAGAAAAUUCUUGUGAAAAAAAGGAAGGCAUGGAUAUGAUGGCAGGUUUCCCUAAACAUUUAGAACCAGGAAGAGAGAGAGUGACUUUUUUUUGCAGCAACAAUCUGCACAUGCUUAAGAAAAACUAAAUUUCCUGUUGUUUAGCAAUGACUGUGUUGAGAACCAAAGGUAAAUUGAAAGGCUGAUUUUCCCUUAAAGUUUUAAUAGAAAUGGCAUCAGAUUUAGGGGAAAAAAAGGGUAUAGUGUACACACAUGUUUUCUAAAGGAAUUAUAAACUGUGUCUAUAUGGUAAGAUUAUAUCUACUGUUAAAAAUUAAGUGCUAAUAAUAAUCAAAGCCUUUCUAAUCCCACAUAUUCUAAUCCUAGUUGGUUACACAUAUUUUCUUCCACAAUCUUAGGAUAAAAAAAGUAAAUUUAUUGCUCCUCUUUAGAUGUAACUGAUCAUUUUCACAGAAGAGGAUUAAAUUUAUGAGACUGAAUU